ACCAUGCAGCCAGAAGAAACAUUUACGCGUGCAUCAUUUAGAGUGAUUACGGUAUCGGGCGUGUCUCUUCUCUUUUACUUAAAAAAAACUACUGUUAAGUGUACUAGGACGGAGGAACUAGAAUGAAAAACGAUAGAAGUUCAUAGAUUUUUUGAUUCAACAAUACGAAAUUAUUUGGAAUUUGACCAUCAUCUUUCAGAUGUUUCCCGUGUGACGCUUUAGUAAGUAGCAUACGCCUCUGCCAAAUUACCCCCUCUAACUUUUUAAAGGGAACUACGGUGAUUUAGAAAUUGUUUUAAACAACACGUAAAUAGGCCUGCUACUACAAAGGGCCUAUGCGACAUUUCAACGGGACCCUUCAUUAUUGUCUCACAUUGCCAAAUCUGCUCCUACGCUCGCAUGCCAAGAUUUUAGUUUUUUCCCUGGAGUGUUUUGGAACUCUAUAACUGCAAUGGUGAAACUGGGAUGGGUGGAGGCUAUGACAAAAACUUUCCACAGGCAAUAAAGGGAUAGACCACCAUGGCCAGUCCAGCACCAGCAUGCUGCAAAACCCCUUCCAGUCCAGAGGGGGGAGUGGCGGAGACCCAAAAGACAAAGCGCUUCAUCACGGACAACUAUGAGCUAAGCAAGGAAGAGCUAGAUGGUCUCAUGAAGGAAGGAGAAGAAGAGCGUCCCUUCCUGGUGGUCCAUCAUCUGCUGGAUGUAAAAGAGGCAGGUGUGCCGGUAUUAUUGCCUGGGACCCAGGUCAUAUGCAGAGUGGACAGCACUGAGAGAUACACCACACGCUCCAAGGUCAGUGUGUGCUCUCUGUACACUGUGAAGCUGACCCAUGGCAAGUUCACCUGGACGGUCAAGAGGAAGUACAAGCACUUCCAGGAGCUGCAUCGUGACCUCUACAAGCACAAGAUGAUGGCUCACUUCCUGCCUCUGGGAAGAUUUGCAGCCCAGAGAGCGCAGCUGAGAGCUAUGACAGAGGAGAUGCCAAGUCUACACGGCACUGAGAGGAUGAGACAAACCUCCAGUAAACCGAAAUACCUUGAAGAAUAUCUAAAUGGCCUUCUGGAGAAUUCCUUUUGUAAGAACUUCCACGGCAUGCUGGAAUUCCUUGAUGUCAGUGCUCUCUCUUUUGUCAGUGAGCUUGGACCCAAAGGCCUGGAGGGUUCCAUCUUCAAAAGGUCAGGAGGUCAUCGUAUCCAGGGGCUGAACUGUAUUGGUCAUCACCAGUUCUGCUUCCGCUGGUCAAAGCGCUGGCUGGUGGUCAAGGAUUCCUUCCUGCUCUAUAUGAACCGGGAAAACGGGGUCGUCUGCUUUGUACUGGUCUUUGACCCAGAGUUCAAAGUUCAAGUGGGCCGUGCAUACACUGAUACCAAGUAUGGGGUCUGUAUUCAGAACUUCACCAGGAAUCUGGUCAUCAAGUGUAACAGCUACAGACAGGCUCACUGGUGGAGCCAUGAGAUCAACAGGCUGGCUGAGCCUUGUGAAUUCCUCCAGGUGCAACGCUUUGGGGGCUUUGCCCCACCACGGGAGAACACACUCACUAAAUGGUAUGUAAAUGGCAGUGGCUACUUUGCAGACCUGGCUGAUGCUCUGGAGCAGGCCAAGGAGGAGAUCUUCAUUACAGACUGGUGGCUCAGUCCAGAGGUUUUCCUGAAGAGGCCAGCUACAGGAACGUACUGGCGUCUGGACCAGAUCCUCAAACGCAAAGCAGAACAAGGUGUCAAAGUGUGUGUGCUCCUGUACAAGGAGGUGGAGAUGGCACUGGGUAUAAACAGUGGCCACAGCAAGAAGACACUGAUGGACAUGCACCCCAACAUCAAGGUGAUGCGACACCCCAACCACAUGUCCGCUGUGGUAUUUUUCUGGGCCCAUCAUGAGAAGAUGGUGGCCAUCGACCAAUCAGUGGCCUUCGUUGGAGGCUUGGACCUGGCCUUUGGGAGAUGGGACGACAGCCAGUACCGGUUGACUGAUACAGUUCCCACGGAGACAGCCAAUCACAUCUCUGAAGAAGUGCCAAAGGCUCCAAUUUCUGAGCCAGAGGCAGCUGAUUCAGGUGACCAGGUGGAUGGGUCAAACUCAGCCCAGGAUCCAGAGCCGGAAGAGGUCAAUGCUGAGGAUCUGAAGAACAACACCCAGCUGUGGCUUGGCAAGGACUACAGCAACUUCAUCAAGAGAGACUGGGUCCAACUGGACCGCCCAUUUGAAGACAACAUUGACCGCACUGAGGUGCCCCGUAUGCCGUGGCGUGACCUGUCUGCUGCCCUCCAUGGCAAAGCUGCCAGGGACGUAGCCCGCCACUUCAUCCAGCGCUGGAACUUUGCCAAGAUCUUUAAGUACAAGAACAUUAGAAGCACGUUUUUCCCCUGCCUUCUUCCCAAGUCUCACAGUACUGCUGAUGCACUGCCAUUCACUGUGCCUGGCUCUGGGAAGGCCUCCGUGCAGGUGUUGCGUUCUGUGGAUCGCUGGUCAGCCGGAACUUGUGACAGCUCUAUCCUCAAUGCCUACAUCCAUACCAUCGAUAACAGCGAACACUACAUCUACAUCGAGAACCAGUUCUUCAUCAGCUGUGCUGAUGGGAAGAACGUGCACAAUGGCAUCGGUGACGCAAUCGUGAAGAGGAUACUACGUGCACACAGUGAGCAGAAGAAGUACAGGGUGUUUGUGGUGGUGCCCCUGCUUCCUGGGUUUGAAGGAGAUAUCAGCGAGGGGGGUGGGAAAGCCAUCCAGGCCAUAUUACACUUCACCUACAGGACCAUGUGCCGUGGAGAGUACUCCAUACUGAUGAGACUGAGAGAACUUGAGGACCAGUGGAGCGAGUACAUCACCCUGUGUGGCCUGCGCACACACUCCCAGCUCUCCCAGUCCCUGGUCACAGAGCUCAUCUACGUACACAGCAAGACCCUCAUAGCUGACGACCGCCGCUACAUCAUCGGCUCAGCUAACAUCAAUGACCGCAGUAUGCUGGGGAGCCGAGACAGUGAGCUGGCUGUGCUGGUGGAGGAUGAGGAGAGGAUCCCCUCCAUUAUGGGGGGAGAGGAGUACCAGGCUGGACCCCUCACUCUGGCCCUGCGCAAAGAGUGUUUCAGGGUGCUUUUAGGAGCCGAUUCUGAACCCCAGAUCGACAUCGAUGACCCAAUCAGUGACCUGUUCUUCUUUGUGGGGUGGAACACGACGGCAAAACUGAAUGCUAAGAUUUAUGACAAGGUCUUCCGCUGCCUCCCGUGCAACUCUGUCCACAACAUGAGGGAGCUGAAGGAGCAUUCAGGCCUGGAGCGCCUGUGUGACAAACACCCCCAGCAGGCUAAAGAGGAGCUGGAGGCCGUCAGGGGGCUACUGGUCCACUUCCCCCUCAACUUCCUGUCUGAGGAGAAUCUGCUCCCCCCACUGGGCAGCAAGGAGGGCAUGGCUCCAACAGAACUCUGGACAUAAGAGUACCAGGCUACCAGCCACAAGGACCAAGAUGACACUGGAAAAGCCCAGUCCAGCAGGAAAGAGCAUUAUAGAUUUGUAUCGCAUUGACCAGAUUCCACUCCAUUGUAAAUCAAAAGAUUGGAACAAAAUGUAUACUCAACUCACCUAGCUAGAAAACACUAACUGAUGUGUCUUUGAAGAAUGCAAAUAAAUGCAAGGCAUUUAGGAUGUUUACAUACAGUGCCAUGCGAAAGUAUUCGGCCCCCUUGAACUUUGCGACCUUUUGCCACAUUUCAGGCUUCAAACAUAAAGAUAUAAAACUGUAUUUUUUUGUGAAGAAUCAACAACA